AGGACAGCCCGUGGCUGUGAUUUGGCAUCUGAUGAGCCCGUAGGAGGAAGAGGAAACGGGCCCAGCGCUCGCGCCGGCCGCCAUCCCUCCCAGGUGGCGGCGGCGGGCGGCGGCGCGCGGUACCUGCUCCACCCUCCCUCCCCGCGCCAGCCCCACGCGGUUUCUUCAGGGGGCAGGACGGUCGUGACGAGCGCGCAGCUCGAGGCCGACGGCAGGGGCCGGGCCGGGAAGGAGAGGACCGUAUUCCAGGAACGAGUCACCCGGAAUUAACUUCUGGUUAAAGUUAUGGGAAGCGCGGCCAUGGACACCAAGAAGAAGAAAGAUGUUCCCAGCCCGGGCGGGAGCAGCGGCAAGAAAAACCCCAGCCAGAAGAGGCGAUCGCUGCGGGUGCUCAUUCCGGACCUGAGCUCCUUUGCCAUGCCGUUCCUGGAUGGAGACCUGGAGAGUUCAGAGAAGCACUCUUCUCGUAAGGUGGACAGCCCCUUCGGGUCUGGCAGCCCCUCCAAAGGCUUCUUCUCCAGAGGCCCCCCGCGCCGGCCCUCCAGCCCCGUGUCGGCUCCCGUGAGGCCCAAGACCAGCCCCAGCUCUCCCAAAACCGUGUUCCCGUUCUCCUACCAGGAGUCCCCACCACGCUCCCCACGGCGCAUGAGCUUCAGCGGGAUCUUCCGCUCCUCGUCCAAAGAGUCGUCCCCCACGUCCAGCUCAUCUACCUCGCCGGGCGGCAUCCGGUUCUUCUCCCGCUCCAGAAAAACUUCCGGCCUCUCCUCCUCGCCAUCGACGCCCACCCAAGUGGCCAAGCAGCACUCCUUCCCCCUCGAGUCCUAUAAGCAGGAGCCUGAGCGACUGGAAAACCGCAUCUAUGCCUCGUCCUCCCCUGCGGACACGGGCCAGCGGUUCUGCCUGGCCUCCCACAGCCCGGCCCGGCCUCCGGCAGCGUCCCCCGCUCACCACGCUCCUUCCAGAACCGCGGCGCUGGCGGCCCCGGGACCCGCGGAAGCCGGCAUGCUGGAGAAAUUCGAGUUGGAAGAAGAAGCAGAAGACUCAGAAAGUGGAGUUUACAUGCGAUUCAUGAGGUCACACAAGUGUUACGACAUCGUCCCAACCAGUUCAAAGCUCGUGGUCUUUGAUACUACGUUACAAGUUAAAAAGGCCUUCUUUGCCUUAGUAGCCAAUGGUGUUCGAGCAGCGCCACUGUGGGAAAGUAAGAAACAAAGUUUUGUAGGAAUGCUAACCAUUACAGAUUUCAUAAAUAUACUACAUAGAUAUUAUAAAUCGCCCAUGGUACAGAUUUAUGAAUUAGAGGAACAUAAGAUUGAAACAUGGAGGGAGCUUUAUUUACAAGAAACAUUUAAGCCUUUAGUGAAUAUAUCUCCAGAUGCAAGCCUCUUCGAUGCUGUAAACUCGUUGAUCAAAAAUAAAAUCCACAGAUUGCCAGUUAUUGACCCUAUCAGUGGGAAUGCACUUUAUAUACUUACCCACAAAAGAAUCCUCAAGUUCCUCCAGCUUUUUAUGUCCGAUAUGCCAAAGCCCGCCUUCAUGAAGCAGAACCUGGACGCACUGGGAAUCGGGACCUACCACAACAUCGCCUUCAUCCACCCCGACACGCCCAUCAUCAAAGCCCUGAACGUCUUCGUGGAGAGACGAGUGUCCGCCCUGCCUGUUGUGGACGAGUCAGGGAAAGUCGUAGAUAUUUAUUCCAAAUUUGAUGUAAUUAACCUUGCUGCUGAAAAAACAUACAAUAACCUAGAUAUCACCGUGACCCAGGCGCUUCAGCACCGGUCCCAGUAUUUCGAGGGCGUGGUCAAGUGCAGCAAGCUGGAAAUAUUGGAGACCAUUGUGGAUAGAAUAGUAAGAGCGGAGGUCCAUCGGCUGGUGGUAGUGAAUGAAGCAGAUAGUAUUGUGGGUAUUAUUUCCCUGUCAGAUAUUCUGCAAGCCCUCAUCCUCACCCCACCAGGUGUCAAACAAAAGGAGCCGAAAACUGAAUGACUUUUGUGAAUGGAGCCCUUGCAGGACUUGAACUAAGAUUCUGGGUCACGCUUUGCCUCAUGAACACUGACGCCAUGGAAGAGAGGAAAAUGGCCAAGAAUGUAUAUCAGGGUUUAGUGAUGGGUAUUUUUUCCAGUGAUGUUGAAACUAAGCAUAAAAAAAGAGGACUAUAUGUUUUUGAAGGGUCAGGCUUGCAUUAAAAGGCUAUUUUCAGACCUCUGUCUGAAAGAUUUCAAGUGCUGUAUGUCAUUAAAGUGCACUGUGUCCUGAAAUGUUUAUUAUUUUCUUAUUUCCAAGAAUUCACUGGUAUGGAACAGGAAACGUGACAUAAGGCGAGUGUGCGGCAUACUCAGACCUAGUGCCUUAUGUCGGACACAGCGGCAGGUCGCCAGGCUGCUCGUGGCAGCCGGCGCGGCGCAUGGGGAAAUGCCUGCUGGCGUGUGAGUCUGAACCUUUACCAAAUCAGUUUGUCUUCAUCAGGUUUGUCCAGCAGUUGUAAUUUGACCAUAAAUAGCUACUUUCUAAAACUUUAAGGGCACGUUUAUGUUUAAUUGUUCUUAAACGUAGCGUAAACAAGACUACUUACAACCGCUGUAUUUAUUUUUCCCUUUCAUACGAUUUUUUUACACCUCUUUUGGUGGGUAAAUGUCACCAUGCCCAUUGGUAAACCAUCAGUUGUUAUUUUUAAAUGGCACAUUUCUCAUUCUUUAAGUUUGGGUCGGGAAAGGAUGUGACUUCUAAAACAGCCACCGUGGGUUUUACAAGCCGAAGCUCUCAAAGCACGUGGGGCCCUGCUCUGCUGGGCGGUGAGGAGGAAGCAGGGUGCCGGGAAGACGCCUUGUGCAGUGAAUGUGAAAUCAUGCUGUCUGGGUGACUGCUGACGCGAUUGUGUUUGUAAACGUUACUGCGGCACAGACAGUGCUGUCAUACGAUUGAAGAGAAACACAGUUUCCUAGUGUAAGUGCUCUGAAAAUGUUGACAUUGUACAUAUAAGUAUAGUUUGUUUUUUUGUUUUGGGGUUUGUUUGUUGUUUUUCAGAUUGAAAAAUUAAAAUAAAUCUUAACUACCA